AUGAGCCCAAUUAAACGUGUUGGUGGUGCGGCUGAACCAGCUGCACAUACCGUGGUGGUCGACGACCACCACCUGGAAGAAAAGUCGGCAGUGCCUUCGGAGGCGAUCGAGAAGAUGCUAGCCAUGCUAGGAGACCUGUCCGAAAGGAUGAACCGGAUGGAGGUCUCCCAGAGAGAGCAAGGCGGCAAGAACUGGCAGGGCUCACCCGAGUCGAGUAUCGCCAGUCGGCAACAGGAGGUCGAGGCAGGGAUUAAUCUCCAGACCUUGGACCGUACCCCUCCUAAGGAAUCCCCAAACGUGUCACCAGCAACCUAUUGCGUGGGGACCUUCAACACCUGCCUGUUGUUUUCGGCGACAACAACAGGCAGGUGUUGA